AUGGACCUCAUUCUUUUUUUGACUCAGGAAAGCGAUAGCUUGGUUACGGAUGAGCCAAUUUUGGACAAAGUUGGCGAUCUGGGUGAUCGAUACUGGACGUGGAUACAUCAGCCGCACGAUGGCACAUUUCGAUUGUUCGCAUCGGACAUUUUGGAAAAUAUGACAAGAACAAGUUGGUGGGUGGUACCUCUGGUUUGGUUGCCUCUCGUUAUCAUCUUCACCAUGCGCGCCUUUUCGUUGGUUUUUCGCAGUUACGGUGAGUUGAAUAUACUGCUGAUUUCCAGUCUCAGUGUCGACACUCGGGAAGUGCUUGAAUCCUGUCCGAAACUGCAUUCUCUUUGUGGUACUGGCUUUGCAUCAGGCCUGUUUCUGUGGGCAGCGCUUUUCACUUUCGGCGUCUUGGCUUGGACACUACUUGAAUACAUUCUUCAUCGCUAUGCUUUUCACUGGCAGCCUAAUCCGAAAUCACGUACUCAGAUUAUUCUACAUUUCCUUCUACACGGACUUCAUCAUAAGGAUCAUAAAUGA